AUGGCCCACCAGCCGGACACAAUGAUGGAUACGCCGUCAGUCGACCGCACCACGGAACAGAAAUUCGGUGUCGCGAAUCAGAAAUUUGUCGACGAUGUGAGCCGGUUCCGAGGAGAUUCUGGACUAACCGAGGCACCUACUUCCAUUCAAUGCAAAUGCAUCUUCCCGUUGGAGUGCGGCGGGCAGGUCUACACCUGGAUUGCUCGAUCUGGAGUGAACGGUGGGCAUCGCUUCUACAAGUGUGUCAACAAGGAUAGGUGUGGAUACAUGAUAUCUUCUGAUUGCAGAUUGUCCAGCUGUCCUCGUGCCCAGCUGCUGGCUAACCAGCUGGUUGCAUAUUGCCAAGUUGUCCCCGCGCAUCUCCCGCUGGCAGCUUACUUGCACCGACGAGUUAUACCUGGCGAACCAAUCGAGCAAUGA